CCUGCCGUGUGCUGGGUGACUCUGGUCCUGGUCCUGGCCGUGUGUCUGCGGGCUGCGAGCGGCGGCUGCUCCGAGCGGCUCCACCCACGUUGCUGCCCGGGCCGGGACAGCGAGUGCCGGGGCUCCGGCUCGUGUUACUGCGACACUUACUGCCGCUACACUGGGGAUUGCUGCCCCGACUACAGACACGUGUGUCACAUCUCAGCCAUUGACUGCGUGGUGGGCGCGUGGGUGCCGUGGACGGCCUGCAGCUCGCCCUGCGGCGUGGGGAGCAGGGAGAGGGAGCGGCUCGUCACUAUCCCGCCCAGGAACGGGGGCGCGCCCUGCCCCGACGUGAAGCAGCGCCGCGGUUGCUACGGACACCACCCGGACCAGUGCCACUCCGUUAAAGAGGUGGCUAAGAUCUUGCCCGACACCUUCAAGCGGAACUUCAAGGACCCCUGGAAGAGGCCGCACAUGAUGGCAAAGGAGCAAAGGCCAAGUUACUGCGCUUACUUCCGGAUGAAGGAGCUGAGUGCUUGGUGCCGCUGGGAAGUCUGGACCAGCCACCUCUUCAGGGAGAAGAACGUCUGCGUAGAGUGUCAAGGAGAGGCGAUGGGGAACAGGGGUCGCUGUGAGGGGGACGGGCGGCAAGGGACAAGGACGUUCUGGAUCUCCGCCCACCAUCCGCGGUGCCACGGGUCAUGGGUGUUGGAAUCUAUGCGGAGGAACUGCAACUGCUCGCCAAAGUCUCUGAUCUUUGUCUAGUCCGUUCCCCCGAAGCAGAACAUUCGCCUCACAGGAGAGAGAGUGGAGAGAGGGAGAGAGAUAGAGAG